AGCAAUUUUGGCCCAAGCUGCGUAGCGCAACGAAGCCAGGCCCAAACAUCCAGUCUUGACAUGGUGCGCAAGACCGCAAAGACCGUGAGCAAGGGCGCUUCCCCGGAGCUGUCCUCGGAUUCCACGGAGUGGGCAUCCGACUCCUCGGAGCAAUCCCCCCAGGAGAAGCCUACAGCGCCAGCCGUUUGUGACCCUAACCUCUGGUACAUCCACGGCAACAGCUACGACCUGCAUGAGUUCGUGAACAAGCACCCCGGAGGUCGCAUGGCCAUCCUUACAGGCCGCGGACGCGACUGCACCGCGCUCUUUGAGUCGUACCACCCCUGGAACGACAAGCACCGCAAGGUGCUGAAAGCCUACGGCGCUGCGCCCCCGCCCCCGGACCCCUUUUACGAGGAGAUCAAGGAGCGUGUGAGGGAAGCCUUCCCUGCGGGCUGCGGCAGCACCAAGAUGCGCACGCCCGCCAAAAUCGGCCUGGCGCUGGCCUGGAGCUUCAUGUCGCUGGAGCUGCAAUCCUCCCAUAUCCUCCCGCUUGGGCCAGGGUGCCACCUGGUAUGGCAUGAGCUCUCCUGGUCGGUGAGUUUUGGGCGCUUCUCAAUCGGAUGUGCGAAUUCCUCCACGAAUCAAGGCCUGCUCGCUGGCUGCUUCGUGGCUACGGAGUGGGUGAACCGCGCCUGCCUCUUCUGUGGCUUCUUCAUCGUUGGGCCCUCCUUGUGCUGGUACUAUCAGCAUGUGGUCAGCCACCACGUGAGCACAAACCAGGAUGGUGACAAGGAACGUGAUGUGGACGUGGAGUACAUUUGGCUUGCCGACCUUUUCCCUGGCUGGCUGAAGGUUCUCUCCUUGCCCGGGAUUUUCAUUGGCGCGGUUGUCGAGAUCGGCAUCAAGCGCAUGAUUGUGGACCUGCUCAUCCGCGGGCAUGUGGGGGGUCACAAGGUGGACUACCGCGGCUUGGCGAGAACGAGCAAACAUCUUAGUGGUGUGAAAGUGUCAAAAUUGGGACUUUUAGAUGUUUCGCAACAAGAACCAAACGCCAGCCUGAACAAGGGUAUCCUCAACGCAACCCAGACCCAGGUGGUUACUUUUAUCGAAAGAAGCUGUCAGCCCUACUUGGUGAGCUGCUCCAGCCACACUUUGAGUCACGGCUUGUCACUCUCCGAGUUGCUCGGACUCGUCUGA